UGGAGUCCCAACCCCCCCUCCCCUCCCCUCACCCCCACCGCGUCCCCUCACCAUCACCACCGACACCACCCCUCUCCCGGAGGAGUCCAGAGCCUCACCAUCUCCUGCCACGGACAGGCAGUGGUCACGGAGAAGCGGAGCCAGACAAGGGGAAACCUACUGAGGAGGGGGAGACAGAGCCAUUUUCUUGGAGGAGCCAGUGUGCCGUUGAUGGGAAGAGGAUGAAUUGUGGGCUGCUGGAGGAGCCUGAUAUGGAUUCCACAGAGAGCUGGAUUGAACGUUGCCUCAACGAGAGCGAGAGCAAGCGGUAUUCCAGCCACACGUCCCUGGGGAAUACGUCCAAUGACGAAAAAGAUGAGGAAAAAGAAAACAACAGGGCAUCUAAACCACAUUCAACACCAGCAACCCUACAAUGGUUGGAGGAGAACUAUGAGAUCGCUGAAGGGGUGUGUAUCCCUCGCAGUGCCCUCUACAUGCACUACCUGGACUUCUGUGAGAAGCACGACACACAGCCUGUCAAUGCUGCCAGCUUCGGCAAGAUUAUUCGACAACAGUUUCCACAGUUGACUACAAGACGACUGGGCACCAGGGGCCAGUCAAAGUAUCACUACUAUGGCAUUGCGGUGAAGGAGAGCUCCCAGUACUACGACGUGAUGUACUCCAAGAAAGGGGCAGCAUGGGUGAAUGAAACGGGCAAGAAGGAGGUCACCAAGCAGACAGUGGCAUAUUCACCGCGCUCCAAACUGGGGACACUCCUGCCAGACUUUCCAAAUGUCAAAGACCUAAAUCUGCCCGCCAGUCUGCCUGAGGAGAAGGUGUCAACGUUCAUCAUGAUGUACAGAACUCACUGCCAGAGGAUACUGGACACAGUUAUACGUGCCAACUUUGAUGAGGUCCAGAGCUUCCUGCUGCAUUUUUGGCAGGGCAUGCCUCCUCACAUGCUCCCCGUCCUGGGCUCAUCCACCGUGGUCAACAUUGUGGGUGUUUGUGACUCUAUUCUCUACAAGGCAAUCUCUGGUGUUCUCAUGCCCACCGUCCUGCAAGCACUGCCUGAUAGUUUGACACAGGUGAUCCGGAAGUUUGCUAAACAGCUGGAUGAGUGGCUUAAAGUAGCACUUCACGACUUACCUGAAAACCUGAGGAAUAUCAAAUUUGAAUUAUCUAGAAGAUUUUCUCAGAUUCUCAAGCGGCAAACAUCUUUGAACCAUCUAUGUCAGGCGUCGCGGACGGUUAUCCACAGUGUAGACAUCACAUUUCAGAUGAUGGAGGACUGGAGGAAUGUGGACCUGAACAGCAUCACCAAGCAGACACUUUACACCAUGGAGGACACACGAGAUGAGCAUCGGCGGCUCAUCAUCCACUUGUACCAGGAGUUUGAUCAUCUGUUGGAGGAGCAAUCUCCUAUAGAGGCCUACAUUGAGUGGCUGGACUCCAUGGUGGAUCGCUGUGUUGUCAAGGUGGCAGGGAAGAGGCCCGGGUGCUUGAAGAAGGUGGCUCAACAGUUCCUGCUCAUGUGGUCAUGCUUCGGGACCCGAGUCAUCCGGGAUAUGACCCUCCAUAGUGCGCCUAGCUUCGGCUCAUUUCACCUGAUCCAUCUGAUGUUUGAUGACUAUGUCCUAUACCUGCUAGAGUCGCUACACUGCCAGGAGAGAGCCAACGAGCUCAUGAGGGCCAUGAAGGCAGAGGGCUGCACAGCCGAGCGAGAGGAAGAGAUGAUGCUGACGGAGACCACGCCCACACCCACAUCCCCCGGACCCUUCUCCCCGGCCAAGUCUGCCACCUCAGUGGGCCUCCCAGCUGCCAGCUCCCCCACUGCUGCCCAGUCCCCAGAGUACCCAGGGAUCACGGCCACCACAGGAGCUGUUCAGUCAUAUACCUGGUCCCUUACGUACACAGUGACAACGUCAGGCAGCACUCCCCCUGAGGGCGGACAGCAGCAGCCCUGCAUGCGCAGCGGGGCACCCGUGCCUCCUCCCUCCUCCACCCAUCGACUGCCAGUCUACGCCCACAGGGACGAGCAUGGGUUUACUGGGAGCUAUAACUACGGGAGCUACUCCAACCAGCAUCCCCAUUCCAUCCAGAGCCAGUACCCCAGUCUAGCCCAUGAACCAGGCAUCCCGGCUCCCCUCCACUACCCCAGCUACCACAGAACCUCUGCACAGUACCCACUCAACAGCCAGAUGUCUCGGAUGGAACCAUGCUUGAUGGGGGGGGCUCAACGGCUGCAUCCCACGCCCGUGGCCCCCCGCUGGGCGGAUGUCUCUCCAGCCAACAGCUGUUACACCAGCCCCCCUAUGCAUUCCUCCCGCUACGCCGCGUCUGGAGACAUGUACUCUCCUCUGGCCCCUCGCAGGAACUCGGAGUAUGAACAUUCACAACACUUUCCCGGUUUUGCCUACAUCAAUGGAGAGGCUACCACAGGCUGGGCCAAGUAGGCCUCCUAUGAAGCCCUUGGAGAGAGGAGCUCCCCUGGGCACCAUCAUGACAAUGCAGCAUAUGCCCGUCAGAAGCCUGGGGAUGCACACAUUCCAUUGCCUUUUCCAAACAUGACCCAGAGGCCUCCUAGUAAGGAGUACUGGUGUAAUGGUAGAGGAAAGAGGCUGGAGAGUAGCAACACUGGCUAACCUGAGUCAAAAGCCACAGCACAGAGACAACCCAGAUUCAGGACUUCUUGUAUCAGUACACAGUCAGGAUAUUGUGGCGUAGGCCUAGUUUGUUGAGGACAGCAGUUGUCUCAGUGGUGGGGCUGUUUGUUUGCCAAUGCCGUGCAAAGCCUUUGGGAUUUUAGAAGCAGGUAGUCGGUAGACUCUCACGUUAAGUGUGUAGUAUAAGACCGUCCAGCUGUGCCUUUUCAAUCACUCGACACCCAUCCUGCCAUUGACCUCUCAACUUAUUAAACACUGAUCGACACCCUCCCUCUCUGUACUCAGCCUCUACCCACUAUUGUAUGCAACCACUGAAACUCUGUUUACAUUGUGCUCUGUGGCUGGCAUCUUUAAAGUCUCCUUAUGGCGGAACACUGUUUUCCCUUGGUCAACACUUACCACCUCAUUGCCUGUGUGGGCUCAGAGCAUGCCUUUUAGAUGCCGUUCGGAAGCUCCAGUCCGCUGCCUAACCAGGGUCGUAGUCAUUAGGGUACAUGUCACAAAAGAUAUUGCAUCAGAAAAUGAAAAAUAUUUUUUUCUUAUUGGUUAAGUUUUAGUUGUUGCUACCUGUUUAGUCUUUUUUCUUCCACCUGUGCCUAAUGAAUAUGCCCCAGGAAUACGCAUUGCCUUAAUGUUUCAGCACUGGAGCCCGGUCAUGUGAAUAGGAAUACAACAAAAACAAAACUAUGAGAUGUUUAUGGCAGAGACAAAGCUAUGGAGAAACCUAUACGUGCUUGUCAGUUUUAAUUAUUGAGCGCUGUGCCUCAGCCAGAUUAUUUGUGUGCUUUGUCAAAAGCUCUGUUUGUGGGAAGAGAAUAUACUAUAGAUGUAUUUUCUGUAACUUUGUAACAUGGUGUUCUUAUUUGUUUGGUUUUACGUGUUACAGUUACUAUUGUUUUCAUUUUGUAUGGAUAUAGUCAAGAAAACAUUAACCUAGGUUUGUGUGUUUUAUUAUGCACUCAAAGCUACUGUGGACCUAUUACCCUAUGGGUAGGAAUAAAAAGGAACAAAUACCAGUGUAACAUACAUGAACUCUAGUCACUUUUUUCUGUAAAUAAAAGCACUCGACAACUUCUGUGAUGACAACUGUUACAGUAUAAACUGAUGUGUAUGUGGAAUUAUUUGUUGCCACAUAAAUAAUUUGCAAAACUCCAA